CUUCCGACGGCUGCGUGCCGAAGUGGAGUGUUUAUGUAUUCUGAGGACCAGUGUGAGUGAACUGAAGGCGGUGCCCUGUGAAUCUCACCAGGCUGCACCAGUGGUCUGGACAUGCAGGGGAGUGGAGGCGUGGCAUUUUGUUUGACUAAAUAACUAAACAAUCUUUAACUAUACGGUAGAACAGCGGUAACAGACGGAGAUCGAUUUCAGACAAUCCCGAUAAAUGUAUUUUAUUACAGAUAUCUGCGCUCAAAUCUAUAGAAGGCGGGUCAUCUUUCUCUAGUCCAACGAUGAAUUCUAAACGUCUGCUUGACAUGUCUGCUGUUGGAAUACGGGUCGGGGGCGCUUCGAAACAAGCCGGUAUUGAUCAGCAUGCAGAGGGCUCCAAGGGACGCAAAAUUACUGUCGCCGCCACUGCGGACAGCGGUGUCACUCUGGCGUGCAAGAAUGGUCCCGAAACAGGAGCAGUUUUCUACAAAUUCGUGUUGGAUGAUGGAUCUUUAAGAGAAUGUACAAGACAGGAUACCGUCCUCAAUGUGAAUGACCUGUCAUCAGGGAGAGAACAAUACCACCUCUUGAAUAAAGCAGGUUGCGGCGGGGAGGCAGAUGAAAGAAACAGUGGUCUGACUGGGAUCCUUACUAACGGCAGUCCCACACACUGCCUGAUCCGGAAAGGGCAGAAGGCGGACAGACACGUGUACUCGGAGGCGAGGACCCCGCUGGUGCCCAGCGGUUGCCAGGCAACAAAUGGACAGCAAGUUCCACCUGAGGAGAGAUACCCUCAUCCCUCCUCCCAAAUACCUGUCCCCCGACGCAGGAAACCUUCAGGUCUUGCUGAUAAGGAGGUACUGGCUGCUACCGUCCUGACAUCACUGUCCACCUCUCCUCUGGUCCUCUCCCAGACAGCCUCAGCUGCAGUUCCGGAGCCAGCCAGCAGAGGGUGGAAGGAGGUGCUGUCAACUAGCUACAGCAGCUCCACCAGUGGCAACUGGAGCUGGGACACCAGCGACCAAUCAGUGCCCUCCACACCGUCCCCGCCUCUCUCCAACGACACCAGCAAGAGCUUCCUGCUCUCCUCCCAGGGUGAUCAUGUCAUCGACGACGUCAAAGAGAGCACGCACUUCUUGUUUGAGGACCCCAUACCCCGGAAGCGAAAGAACUCUACGAAGGUGAUGCUCAAGUGCUUGUGGAAGAACUGUGAAAAGGUCCUCAGCACCUCUUCAGGGAUCCAGCGACACAUUCGCACCGUCCACCUGGGGCGGAACUGUGACUCGGACUACAGUGACGGGGAGGAGGACUUCUACUACUCAGAGAUCGAGGUCAACAUGGACAGCCUAUCAGAGGGCUUGUCCAGCCUCACGCCCACCUCCCCCACCACUACCGGCCCUCCCACCAUCUUCCCCCCUUUCUCCCACGCCGCCUUUGUUCCCCGCUCUGAGCCCGCCCACAUCGUCAUGAGGGGACCGCAGGGUCAUGCUCCCAGUCUGCUCAGCCAAUCAGCCCCCUCCACGCUCUGCCAUAUCCGUACUGAUCACGCCUAUCAGGCCACUGCUCCUGUGAGUAUUCCUGUGUGUUCGGAGCAGGCUGAUGGGAAUGAAGGGAUUGGGAAUAGGGAUGGGAUCAGUGUGUCCUGGCAGUCCCCUCCUGUCAUUUUUAAAGGCUUAACGGGGCCGUUGACUCACAUCCGCACGGUGAGCUUCGGGGAGAAGAGACAGCCAGCCCCUCACGCACACACCACCAUCUGCAAGACACCCCCCUUUACAGCCCCCCUGCCCAAACCAGCACCAGGAACCAGGAAACCCCGUGGAGAGGCCAAAAAGUGCCGGAAAGUGUAUGGCAUGGAGAAGAGGGACCUGUGGUGCACAGCCUGCCGCUGGAAAAAAGCCUGUCAGCGAUUCACUGACUGAACCCCAGUACAUCACUGGGAUGGACUCUUCCUCUGCCAGCGCUUCAAUGAGGUGUCAUCUUCCACUGAGGAGAUGUGGGGGUUUCUCCAUGAUGAAGCCCCUCAGAGCACGCACUGCUUCCUCCUGACCAGCAGGGGGCUCUCUGCUCGCUUCUCCUAGUCCUCAGACAGCUGAAUUUACAAAACACAACAACUAACUGAUGGAAAAAGGCAAAAAAGAAAAAUGAAUUUGGCUUUGGAAGAAUAGUUUUUCUUUCUAAUGAUGAGACUUUUUAGGUAAUCAAAAAAAGACAAAUAUUAUUCAAAACUUUUUCGAUUUGUUUUGGAUUUUCUAAUUUUGUCUGCCUUCACUGUAGGGGAGUUGUUGAAGAUUUCAGAUAAGCUUUUUUGGUAUUGUGUACUCUCAACAUAUUGUUUUUUACUGGUCCGAGUAUCAUGGAAGCUACUGUGUUUGAGUUUAUAAGAUCCUGAUACCGCUCUCUCGUCGGCGUCUUUCAAUGCACCUCCGUUAAUGUUUUAUAACCAAAAUCACAUUAACUCCGGGGAUUUUAUUCGAAUGGAUCGUUUUUCAAAUGUCAACUGUCGCUCUUUUUGAAAUGGGCAGUAAGUCUACCAAAGGAAAAAACAAAUCAGAACUAUCCAUUCUCCUUAUUAAGUUGCACGCUUGUUCUGCUCUUCAUAUCCAAAUGUUACUGGAAUUACACAUCACAUGCUCUUAUGGGAAUUCAACUCAGAAACUCUAAUCACUUUGUUUGGGAAGUACAUCAUCCAUAGCUACUCAUCAUAAGAUUCUUGCUUUUUGCAUAGAUUAGAAACACGCCCUCUUCCGUCUGGUUGCAGCAAAUGUUACGUUUUGAAUGUACAGUUUAGAAAGAUAUCUUUCCCCCUUUCUUCCUUUCCAUACCUCUGAUAUGCAUCGUUCGGGAACAACACAUCUUUCAACGGAUCACUGUAAACUUUGUAACUACAGUGUUUCCUCUCAUUUCUUACAUGUAUUUUCAGCGAUCGGUUACCAAGGCAACUAGUAGUUGCAAAGUGUAUUCGCCAGGGUUUGGAAAGUCUCGUCUCGCUUUGAUUAAUCGGCUCUAUUGUUGAUUACAGUUGUCGUCGACAGCAUGAAGCUCUGCCGUAGCACUGCUGGCUACUCAGAGGUCUCGAGUUCAUUUUCUGGGUAUCGUCAUAGACACAGAAUACAAUCUCGUUCUCGUUCUCUGUGGGUGCUGUGCCAUAGUCAGUCCCACUCAACCCUCACUCCCAGUUUACAGCUCUUAACUGGUAUCUAAUGGCGUUGAAAUCAAGAUGUUUGUCUCCAAGGGAUUGUUUGCUUCCCAUGAAUUGUACCUGGAUUCCUGAUCAGAACGCGAGAGCAGAUCUAGAUGUGUAUUUUUAAACAGAUGUAUUUUUCUACUCUAGCUACUGUUUUGAAUUGUUGCCAGCUCUUUGAAUGUAGUCUCUGCAGGCUCUCUCUUUCUGCUCCCAACACUGACUACGAGCCAUUACACAAGUUACAACAGCAGGAUGCACACACACACACACAGCACUCUAAAUUAACUGGUGCUCCCAAUUUUAAAAAGUUAGGAGCACCACAUAAAAUGUAUGAGCACCAGAUUAUAUAUAUUGUUUCAUUGAUUGAGAUGCAGCCUAUAUUGGGCCUAUAUUAAUUCUAGCUACUUUUGAAGCAUAUGCUGUGCCCCAGAAAUGAACACUGUCUGGAUAGUUCAUAAUAAAAGCUCAAAUGUUGAUACAAAUAUCUGUCAUUGAAAUGACGUGGAAUAUUAGGUUUCUACAUUGUGUAAAAUCACUAUUUUCCUAUUGAGAUGCAUUACAUUGAACAUUGUGCACCGUCUCUAAGCACGUCGGGUUUGUGAUGAGGACACGCAAGAAAUCAGACAAUCGUUCAGUGCUACGGUCAUUGAUCUCCUGACGAAGCUAUCCCUUUUCCUUUCUGUGCCCCUAAAUGUUUGGAUAUACUGGUAAAGUUACCAGGUUGAUAGCUAGGUAGCCAAUGAGGUAACACGACUGAACAAACUGUAAACAAAUGGUCAAGGCCCUGCGAGUAGUUUUCGAAUGGCCCACAAAGUGGUUUAUUAACGUAAAUUGCGAUCCUGUCGAUAGGCUAUAGAAAGAAAAACUGGUAAUAUGGGUCAGAUCUUUUUAACUGGGGUAGAAACGAGCUAUUUCCGCAGUAGUAGUGGUACAACCACGACGCUAACGAUUAAUGCUCUCUCUUUUUUCUCUAGGGGACUCGGAAUCAACAGUACUGCGAAGCCUAAUCAUUAUAACAAUUAUUAUUCGGGAUACUUUUUUUUUAUAGGAGCACAGUCCCCCCCCCCCCCCCUCACAGUCAGUGGCAGUGUUCGAUAGCAUCAAAACUAAUGCAGGCGACUGCCUGCCGACUGACUGAUCUGCAAAUCACCUUCCAUCAUAAAUAACGACUCAUUAUUAUUUGUAGAUCAGUCAGUCACAAUUGACCCAUGAUAUAUUGCGUCUUUUAUCCUAUCGAACAUAGCCUAUGACUUUCCAGUCUUUGGCUGUUUUACACCUCUGUUGUCAUGUUAACACAUGCGCUCUCAGCUGUCACAUAUUCUCAUUGACAUGACAUCAGUAGAAGGCCAUUCUAAGACAGCUGGCUGUGACUGUUUUAUCUUGUUGUUUUUUUGGGUACAACAAACAAACAAUCUAACCAACUGGAUUCUUUUUAGGGAUUCUAUUCAUCCAUGUCACCGAGUCGUUACAGAUUGCGUAAUGGUGAUUACCGAUUGAGCCGACACAUGCAGCGUUUAUGAGUGAAUGCAAUCUCUGUUAACAGGGAAAGUUGCCUUUUUAAAUUUGAAUGACACAGUCACGCUUAACUUUCCCGAUUCGUAUUUAAUAGAGACCCGUACAUGCCAUGUCGUUUUUUUCCUUGAUAACCAUGAUCAACAAAUAUGGUUGUUGGCUAGUAACCUUGCUGUCAGCCAUUCUGUCUGAGAGAGAGAAGCAGUGCCUCAGAGUGGAGAGUAGGCUGGUAAUUAAUGGUCAGAAACUUCACUUCAACUUCACAAGUGCCAAUGAAAAAAACAUUAAGAGGAAAAAAUGAUGUACCUAAAGAAAUUGCACUAACUUGCACUGCACAAAGACAUGUUUGUAUACAUGGAGAUUUUAUAUACGCAGAUUUUGAAGUGAAAUUUAAUUUGAGGUUUUAAUUUUGGGUCGUCACUGCUUUGGUGUUAAAAUGGGGUUUCAGGGAUGGGGCUUCUACACCUCUUGGGUCCCCCCAUAAGAACGUUCUGAACCUGUAUGUCUAGUUCUCUCUGUGUGUGGUGUACACAGCCCAAUGGGGCCCGCAAUGUUGUCUGGAAUAGUGUGGUACUGGAUGCAGCCUUAGAAAAAAGGCUUCCAAAAGGGUCAUUUGGCUGUCCCCAUAGGAUAACCCUGUUGGGUUCCAGGUAGAAGUCUUUGUGGAAAGGGUUCUACAUGGAACCCAAAAUGGUUUUACCUGGAACCAAAAGGGCUCUACAUGGAACCAAUAAGGGUUCUUCAAAGGAUUCUCCUAUGGGAACAGACGAAGAACCAUUUGGUUCUAGAUGGCACCUUUUCUUUUAAGAGUGUAGUACAGCGCGGUACUUUGUGAGUAAGGGUUUCCCCUCACCCUUUUUAUUGUAAAUAGGCACUAAGAUGACCCCUGAAGUCACAUCUCAGGCAGUCUGCCCUAACUUGGUAAUAUAUGGGUGGAAACUGGUCCAGCAUUAUCCAUCAGUCAUUCAAUGGUUGUUUGUUGUCAUCUUCAGAACAGAUCAAUCAUGAUGUUUCAACGACAUGGGGUUUCCUACACAGCCUACUCAAACGCUGCUUUCAAAAACAUUUUGUUUAGUCUUGGCAAGUGGCUUUUUCAAAUUUUAUUGAGAUGAGAGAAGAGGUUUUAUUUCCCGGACUGACUCCUAUUUUGGACUCCUGUCUGAUUGGGAUUUGAUUUUAAGUGAGCACUUAAACACACCCGCUCAGCUCUCUCUCAAUCCAUCCCCCAGCCAAAGCACCUGACACUUCUCCACCAAUUGACUGGCCAGUCAAUUGGUGGAGUCAUACUUUUGAUUUACAUCAGACCAAUCAAGUCCAUUGUUCUCAAUUUCAGUCACAUCCCUAUCCCCGCCACAAACCUGCAUAUAUUUUUUUUGCACUAAAUUGGCCUUAUGGGUCACUGGCUAGGGCUAAUGCAAAGGGAACACUCUUUAUUUAAUUGUUACACCUGCCAGCAGCCACCCAGCAUCCCACUGCUGGCUUUCCUCUGAAGCUAAGUAGGAUUGUUCCCUGGAUGGGAGACCAGAUGCUUCUAGAAGUGGUGUUGAGGGCCAGUAGGAAGCACUCUUUCCUCUGGUGUAAAAAAAUAUAUAUUUAUCCUGGGGCAGUGAUUGGGGACAUUGCCCUGUGUAGGGUGCUGUCUUUUGGAUGGGACGUUAAACGGGUGUCCUGACGCUCUUGUGGUCACUCAAGAUCCCAUGUCACUUAUCGUAAGAGUAUGUUAACCCCGGUGUCCUGGCUAAAUUCCCAAUCUGGCCAUCAUACCAUCAUGGCCACCUAAUCAUCCCCAGGUUCCAGUUGGCUCAUUCAUCCCGGUGUAACUAUUCCCCUGGUUGUUGCUGUAAAUGAGAAGGUGUUUAGGAGAGCUGAGGCUUUGGAAGGUUUUGAUUUGGUGUGUUUGGAGAACUGGGGCUUUAUGAUAGGUGUUGAAAGAGGAAGUGGGACAAGCAGUGACGAUUACUAGAUAUGGAUUUUGUAGUUUCGGGGCUUUCCUGUACAUAUGCUAUUUCCAUGUUGUUGUUUUCUAUGUUGUAUUUCUGUAGUACAAAAAGGAAACUUUCUAAGGUAGAAUUGCUCCGAAUAAAUGUUUUUCUUCAUAUUUUUUAAAGGGCAAUUGAGAAGCUAUAGUGAAUAUAACACGUACAUACUUGUAUAUUGCCGUUUAGGGGAGACGGGGAGAAAAAACGUUGGUGAAUUUUAAACCUACAAAAAGAAAAGCUUGUUUUCUUUCUUGUUGUAACGCUGGCUAGUUUCUACUGCCUGUAGAGAACUGUUAGUGCACUCUGACUUCGGUAACGAAAAACCUUGAACAUACACACUAACAGUUGACCUAUCAUUUGUGUAUCAUAUCUAUACCACAACCACGCAGUAUUGCUUCACCUUCUUACAUUGUGCAAUGAUAUGCUUUAGUUGGAACAAGAACUAACUUGCCCUUUUGAUGACCUUCCUUUGAGCCACCUGUGUGUGAUCUAUUAUGAAGGCAUUUAUUGGCAUGCAGGCGUUUUUAUUUAGGCAGUUAUAAUGAGUCCUUGGCUGUUAUGAAUGCUUAUAGUGGUCCAUAUACUGCACUCUUGCCACUUCGUGUAAUGCAUAUAAUGAAUAUGUUUAUGAAAGUGUAAUGCAUUUGUUGAGGUGGUCAUAAGGAACCAUGAGCUGUUGUGAAUGCUUAUGACAAGUCUUAUAAUACACUAUGGAGUGAUCGACUGUGCUAUAACUGCAGUCAUAAUGAUUCGUACACGAUUCGUCACAUCUGCUACCUACCUUUUCUGUCUCCCUUCCUGCCAAAUAUGGGUUUAUCAGAAUACAUGUUGUUAUAAUCUUUUGUGGUAAUGUGUUUAUGUAAUGAGGAAGUGUGUUAUCCAGUGAAAUGGAAUUCUAGUUCCAUGGUAUUACCUUUGGGGAUUCUGUUUCCUGUCCUGCACAUUCCAACAGGCCGCUUGCCUUGGUGUCUGUCUGUUCCGUACCUGUACAUUUCCCUGUCAUAAUUUUCAGUGACUUCCUCCCCAUCUCCUACUCUAAUUCUCUCCAUUAUAUAUUUUUUCCCGUCUCUUUCUCUUUCAGAUUGUACUGUAGUCCCAAGUCAAUACCCAGUAUAUUAAGCUAACCAAGCCUUUGAAAUAUGUUCUGUGAUUAUAUUCUUUGUUUGCUUUUUGAAUAUCGAUGUUGUUGAGUCCAACCCAACAGCUCAGCAGCAGCAGAGCCAAUGGAUCUCCAUCCAAAUGUAAUUCAUCGUCAUCGCCAUGGCAGCUCCGCUCAACUCUGUGCUUCUUCUUCUAUCGUACUUAUUUGAUCUGUUUGUCUUUCUGUCACUGUGUUAUCUGUCUUUGAUCUGUUUGUCUUUCUGUCACUGUUUUACCUGUCUUUGAUCUGUUUGUCUUUCUGUCACUGUUUUACCUGUCUUUGAUCUGUUUGUCUUUCUGUCACUGUUUUACCUGUCUUUGAUCUGUUUGUCUUUCUGUCACUGUUUACCUGUCUUUGAUCUGUUUGUCUUUCUGUCACCGUUUUACCUGUCUUUGAUCUGUUUGUCUUUCUGUCACCGUUUUACCUGUCUUUGAUCCGUUUGUCUUUCUGUCACCGUUUUACCUGUCUUUGAUCUGUUUGUCUUUCUGUCACUGUUUUACCUGUCUUUGAUCCGUUUGUCUUUAUUUUGAUUUUUUAACUGCAUAAAUGUUUUUCUUCUGCUGUGCCAUGUCUUUACCAAGCCUUAUUGUUGGCUGGAGUGAAACUGACCUUAUUUUUGUUUCUUUAUUCUCUUCUUCAUGUUGAUUUAUUGAUUGAUUGAUUGAUGUUCUCUCACUAUAUAUGGUGCAGAAGAGUGAUUUGUUGUAUUGCUCAUGUCUGUUUGUGACAUGUUCUCGAGUGGAUGAAUGACUUGAUGUCAUGAUGAAGAUGAUGUUGAAAAUAAGGCAGGUGGUGUAAAUGUGAUAGAGAGAAAAUAAACACGAAUGGAAUAUG